AUGUUUAUAAGUAAAUGGUACAAUGAAUCUGUAAUACCAAAAAAUAAAGUACAAACUAUAAUUAGUGAUGUAAGUAUGAUGCAAGAAAUGAACAUUAGUAUAUUAAAAAAUGAAGUUUUAAACAUCCUAAAUGAAAAUAAAUGUGAACUAAAUUCCAUUUCAAAAAUAACUUCUAUGUUUGAUAUCAUUCAAAAUCCAUUUGAUAAAUUAGAAUUUGAAUUUUUGCGUUUAAAAAAGUUGAAACAAUUGGGAGUGUAUAUUACACCAAUAGCCGUGCAUAUAGGUAACAGAUUAACCAAUAACACUAAAAAUGAUUCUACAAUAAUGCCAAAUAAAGAUAUUUACAUUUAUUAUAUACCUUUGGAUGAAGUUUUAAAAAUAUUUUUGGAACAGCCUAAUGUAUUUGAAAUUAUAACAAAUAACUUGGAAAAAUUGUUUUCUUCUAAUGGAGAUAUUAUAUGUAGUCUGGUUCAAUGUAAUAUAUAG